AGGGAGGGAGGGAGGAGGAGGGAGGUGGGGGCCUCAGGCCCAGGCCCACGCCCGGUGGAGCCCAGCAGCGGGGCAGCGGCGCCGGGACCACAGGGAGCGCUGACCCGGCGGGCGGGCGGGCGGGCCCCGAGCCCGAGCCAUGGCGGCCAACAUGUACCGGGUCGGAGAUUAUGUUUACUUUGAAAACUCCUCAAGUAAUCCAUACCUCAUCCGCAGGAUAGAGGAACUAAAUAAGCAGACCGGCAGCGGGAACGUAGAAGCCAAGGUUGUGUGUCUGUUCCGGAGACGGGACAUUUCCAGCAACCUCAAUGGACUGGCAGACAACCAUGCACGAGAGUUUGAAGAGGACUCCAAGCAGCCCAUGUUGGUGGAUCAGGAACGGCAUCAGCUUAAACACAGAGAGCUCUUCCUCUCUCGCCAGUUCGAGUCCCUACCAGCCACGCACAUCAGGGGGAAGUGUAAUGUGGCCUUGUUGAAUGAGACGGAGAAGCUGAGCGAAUACCUGGAUAGAGAGGACUGCUUUUACUACUCACUGGUGUUCGACCCCUUGCAGAAGACGUUGAUCGCUGACCAGGGCGACAUACGAGUGGGGCCCAAGUACCAGGCCGACAUCCCCGACAAGCUGGCAGAUGUUGAGUCUGACGACAGGAACCAGAUGAAAAUGGAAACCAAGUUGUGGGACCCGGACAACUCGCUCACUGACCGGCAGAUAGACCAGUUUCUCGUCGUAGCUCGGGCAGUGGGAACCUUUGCUCGUGCUUUGGACUGCAGCAGCUCCAUCCGUCAGCCGAGUUUGCACAUGAGUGCAGCCGCAGCGUCCAGGGACAUCACGCUGUUCCACGCCAUGGAUACCCUGCAGCGUAACGGCUACGACCUCGCCAAAGCCAUGUCGACGUUAGUGCCUCAGGGAGGACCUGUACUAUGUCGGGACGAGAUGGAGGAGUGGUCAUCCUCUGAGGCUAUGCUUUUUGAAGAGGCGCUGGAAAAAUACGGCAAGGAUUUCACCGACAUCAGACAAGACUUUUUGUCCUGGAAAUCAUUGGCCAGCAUAGUCCAGUUUUAUUACAUGUGGAAGACCACAGACCGAUACAUCCAGCAGAAAAGGCUAAAAGUAGCAGAAGCUGACAGCAAGCUGAAGCAGGUCUACAUUCCCACCUACACAAAACCAAACCCCAACCAGAUUGUGAAUAUGGGGCCAAAGGGCGGGAUGAUGAACGGAGCGACGGGGUACCAGAAACCUGCCGCUGGCCUGACCUGUGAGAGCUGUCACACCACGCAGUCUCUACAGUGGUAUGCCUGGGGCCCUCCCAACAUGCAGUGCAGACUCUGCGCUUCCUGCUGGAUCUACUGGAAGAAGUAUGGUGGCUUAAAGACGCCGACGGUACUGGACGGGGACAAGCAGCGUCUUCCUUCGGAGCCCAGGUCGAAGGGGCCGGGCGGGCGCCAGGACUCCCCAGGCUUUCUGUCCAGCAACAGCUCCAAGCUCCUAGCCAAGAACCGGCAGACGUUCCUCCUGCAGACGACCAAGCUGACUCGCAUCGCCCGGCGGUUGUGCGAUGACAUCCUGCGGCCGCAGAGGGCAGCUCGGCGCCCCUACAUCCCCGUCAAUGUCGGUGCCAUCAAGACCGAGUGUGCUGUCCGACUCCCGAAAGCAGCAACCAAACCGCUCAGGAUCCGACCCACGCCUCGGCCCACGCUAGCCAACAUCAUGAAGGAGUUGGGCGAGUUAGCGGCACGAGGCCUGACGAAGCCGAGGAUCCUGAAAGGGGGCGAGGGAAACCGAACUCUGCUGAACAUCAACCGAGGAGCAGUGUCCUUGCUGGGGAAACGCACCUUCAACAAACAGAACGGGGUUCAGGGAGCUCCGAGUCCUGUUCAUAUUAGACAGAUGACGGCUAGUGCCCAUUUGACCAGCAACAGACCCUUCUCUUCGGGGAUGAAGACAGACCAAGUUAGUACUGAGCCACCGUUCAAGCGGCAAAAACUGAACCCUGGAGAUGCCCCCGACCCGAUUGUCUUCGUGGCAACAGACCAUACCAGGGCGAUCCGGAAAGCUCUGAGCCAGUCGGAGAUGAGGAGGGCGGCACGCAGACCGUGUAUGCAAGUUAACGUGAAAUCCUCAGCCUCGAGCCGGCCAGUGGUCCUGGGAGAGCCCAUAGUCCUGGAGGACUGAAGACUGGCGUGUACAUGCGUGCAGACGCACACUCUCGCUCUCCCCCCCUGCCACUACUACACACGCACGCGCGCACACACACACACACACACACACUCUGUCACACAUUCUUGCACCCUCAAUCACACGCGCACACACACGCACGUGCACACACACGCACACACCCUCUCGCACGCACACACAGAUUCACACGUACACACCCUUGCUCGCACUCUCUUCCUCACACACAUACGUUCUCUCUCAUUCACACGCACUGACAAUCUCACACGCACGCUGUUGCACUCAUCCUUUCAUGCUCACACUUUCUCUCACAUCUCUCUCUCAAAUACACACACUGACUCUCCUCUCACACACUCCUCUCUCUCUCUCUCACACACGCACAUGCACACACUCACACUCACACAGACAGGCACACGCAGACACACUGACACUCACACUUCCCCUUUCCAAGUCUUCAGGGAUUAGGGCAGAGACAGCAGGCAGUUGUGGGGGUGGUGGAUAGUGAGUGUGGGGGUCAGCUCUCACCGCCUGCUCCUCCCCCGCGCGCGGCCAGCGUUUGCUAAAGGCACCGUGUGUAAAGCAAUGUACAGAAAUCAAUGCGUCUGAAUCACGCCUCUUUUUUAAUUAUUUUAUUGUUUGUUUGGCUCCACAGCCUCUCCUGUCCCCUUCGGCUUUUUACCCCCUCCAGGGUGUAACUGUAAACCUUUAAUAAUGAAUUUCUGAAUGAUUGUGUUUUGGGAAGAACUUGCGAGGAGUCUUUUUUUUUAAAAAAAAACAAAAUAACACGAGUUGAACGGUAGAAGUGCUGACAGGUUUGAUAUCAGGAUUAUUGAUACGUGGUGAUAAUAUUUUGUGUGCUUUUUAUUUCCUUUCUGCUUUUUUAAAACUCCCAGCUUGCGCCGGCCACUGGAGAGGAACCCCCCGGUGUGCCGUGCAGACCCAGGGUGGACCUGCGCCUUUUUGACCCAGCCUGUCUGGACAUUUUUAGAGACAAAUCCAGACAUGGAAACCAUUUUUGUAAAAAAAAAAAGCAAUUAAAGUUUUUUUUUCACUCUG